AUGUAGACAAAAUUAUUAGGCAAGUGACCGAGAUAUUUGUCCUUUUAUUGACUCCAUCCGUCUAUGACGUAUGCUGAGUCGUCGGUUGUGUCAAACUCUCGCUCUUCUUUCUCUCUUCUGUGUUAUCUCUCCUUGGAUUCGAUUUUCUCUUUUUGCUUUAAGAAUAAGAGUUAGAAUCCCGACAACAUAAUUUAAUUUUUAGACAAAGAAGCAAAAGGGAUUAUGAAUCGUCUUCUUCAAUCCACUCUCAGGAAUGCCACCCAGGCAACCUUCGUAAAGGAAGUUUCAUCUAGAAGAAGUUUGCAGAAUCUUCAGGCUCCAAUAUUAUUCAAAUGGAAUAGUACGGAGGCAUCGGCUCAGAAAGAUGUUUCAUCUACUGAUAAUAAAGGCUUCAAGGGCCAUAAUAUGUUGGCGCCAUUUACUGCUGGAUGGCAGACGACGGACUUGAACCCUCUUGUAAUUGAGAAGUCUGAGGGUUCAUACGUCUAUGACCAUAAUGGGAAAAAGUAUCUUGAUUCCCUUGCUGGGUUAUGGUGCACUGCUUUAGGGGGGAAUGAACCUCGUCUUAUUGCUGCUGCAACAAAACAACUUAAUAUGUUGCCAUUCUACCACUCGUUUUGGAACCGAACAACGAAGCCCUCUUUGGAUCUUGCAAAGGAGCUGUUGGAAGUUUUUACUGCAAAUAAAAUGGCUAAGGUCUUUUUUACAAACAGUGGAUCAGAAGCUAAUGAUAGUCAGGUUAAGCUGGUUUGGUAUUACAAUAAUGCCCUUGGAAGGCCAAACAAGAAAAAAUUUAUUGCUCGAGCAAAAUCAUAUCAUGGUUCAACACUUAUAUCAGCCAGUCUUUCUGGUCUUCCAGCGCUACAUCAGAAAUUUGAUCUGCCAGCUCCGUUCGUAUUACAUACUGACUGCCCACAUUAUUGGCGAUAUCAUCUGCCAGGUGAAACGGAGGAAGAGUUCUCUAGCAGAAUGGCCAAAAAUUUGGAGGAUCUUAUCCUCAAAGAGGGACCCGAGACGAUUGCUGCUUUCAUUGCUGAACCAGUUAUGGGGGCUGGAGGAGUGAUUCCUCCACCUGCAACUUACUUUGACAAGAUUCAGGCUGUAGUGAAGAAGUACGAUAUUCUUUUCAUUGCUGAUGAGGUAAUAUGUGCAUUUGGAAGGCUUGGAUCGAUGUUCGGGUGCGACAAGUACAACAUCAAACCUGAUCUUGUCUCCUUGGCAAAGGCACUUUCUUCUGCCUAUGUGCCAAUCGGAGCUGUACUCGUGAGCCCUGAAAUCAACGACGUCAUUUAUUCUCAAAGCAACAAACUUGGUACUUUCUCCCAUGGAUUCACGUAUUCUGGACACCCGGUAUCAUGUGCUGUUGCACUGGAAGCUCUCAAGAUCUACAAGGAGAGGAAUAUUGUUGAGAAAGUGAAUAGCAUAGCCCCAAAAUUUCGUGUGAAGGCAUUCUCCGACAGUCCCAUCGUUGGGGAGAUACGAGGAACCGGGUUGAUCCUUGGGACAGAAUUUGCCAAUAACAAAUCACCUGACGAUCCGUUUCCUGCUGAAUGGGGAGUUGGUUCAUAUUUUGGAGCACAGUGCGAAAAAAAUGGAAUGUUAGUGCGUGUUGCUGGCGACAAUAUAAUGAUGUCUCCUCCAUUUAUAAUGACUCCGGGAGAGGUUGACGAGCUGACAAGCAUCUAUGGAAAAGCACUGAAGGCUACUGAAGAGAGGGUCGAAGAACUCAAGUCUCAGAAGAAGUGAUGGUCGAAAAGUCCUAUCGAUGGCUCCAUGUAAGGACUAAUAGCUGCCAUUUUUUUCCUUCUUGGCUUUUCGUUCCCUCUUUUUUGUGGUAUUUAAGUAUUAUGAGUAUAUUUUCAUUUACCCAGAGAAAAAAUGUUCCUUAUUUUCAUUUUUGGUAAAAUUUGAAGAGAUCGAAAAAGGAUUUCAUGUA